ACUGCGAGAGCGAAGGAGAAAGUGAGAACAAUCCAAAUCACUUUGUUAAUUAUUAUUUCCUAUUCUCAUUUCUCUUAACCUCAUGUUAAUUGUUCAUAUUUUAACAGUUUAUGAUUAUUAUAGAAGGUUAAUAUCUCUUAUUAAUAACAUAUCUAUUAUGAUCUCAUCUCAAUAAUUCACCAUUACAGGUCAACCAUUUGUGCAAAAAAACUGCUUUUUCAAUGUGAGUGUCUUCUGCUUUCUCCCUGUGAUUUCUGUAUCUCUAUUUUUUUCAUGAACAAUCAUCUUUAAAAAAUCAUGUUCAACUGGACAAGAAAAAAUUGAUUUGUUAACUAUUGCAUUGUUAACUUUAACUAAUUGUCACUCAUCAAUUGCCUUAAAAACUAUGUACAUAUUGAAGUCGACCAAAGUGAUUUGGAGGCGUAUCAAGCCUAUCAAAUAUCAUUAGUAAACACUUUCCGUCAUAAAUUUAAAUCUUAAAACCAAGACUGGUCAACUGUGAUAUUUAUCCCUGUUUGAUAUAAUGUAUAUCAAGUCUGCCCCUUGAAGAAAAAUUCAUCUUUCGAUUAGUUUAAAAGGUACAUUUGCACCAUUGUUGCUAAUUGAUUACCUUGGUCAAUGUUUUUUGGACAGAACACUUUAAAUUAGUCCAUAUAUACAAUAAAGCUUGAGCUGAGUCGAGAUAAUUUAUCAUUAGCUUUAAACAGCCAAGAUGAUGACAUUUGCAGAAGUCAUUGACGACAAAGAAUCUCGAUCCAGACAAGUAACUAGUCAAAAUGUAGUUACCAAUGAAGGAGAUGAAGACGAGGAGGAGGAAACGAUUCAAAAUGAUUCUGAUGCAAUUAAAGGUGCUGACAAUCCAGCUUUAAGUGAUAUUGAUACGGUUGCCGGCGAAACUGAUCUUUCCAAUAAAGAGAAAGAAGACUCUGUGGAAACUAAACAUGAUUCCGAAACUCGUGGCCGAAAAGUGACCUCUGUUAAUUUUUUACCUUGUGACUGUAAACUUUGUGGAGAAAAAUUCAACUCUGAUAAAGCACUUGGUUAUCAUAUUAGAGAUGUCCAUGUUGUUGGUAAGAAAGACAAAAAAGAGGGUGAAGUGAAUCGGAAAAAGAAGCCAAAAGAUUAUCACUAUGUAAGAGGUAAAGAUUGGAAAGUAUUGAAUCCAAAGCGACCUUAUUGCUGUUCAACUUGUGGUAAAAGGUUUCUUUAUGAAAGUAGCUUGAAUCACCACAAGGUUGUCAAACAUAAUGAAAAAUUGGACGAUAACGAUGGAUCCACCAGUAGCAGCAUUCCACCCAAGAUGUAUAAUCAUACCUUUCAAUGUGACCAGUGCGGUAAAAUCCUGAUGUCUAAGCAUAGUUUAAUCCGUCAUCUUGUUUCAUUUCAUGGAACUGAUCACGAAAAACCGUUUCAAUGUGAUAUUUGUGGUCAUCGUUAUGUUUCCAUAUCUAGUCUGGUCAGUCAUAGACGUAAAGAGCACACUGGAGACAAGCCUUAUGUGUGUGAACAUUGUGGUAAAGCUUUUACCAUGUCCAAUAGGUUGAAAUGCCAUUUACGAGUACACUCGGAUGAGAAAUUUUACAAAUGUCAACAGUGUUCCAAACAAUUUAAAAGCUGCUCUGCUUUUAGAGCUCAUAAAGAUACGCAUUUAGGAGUUAUGCGUCACACUUGCAAAUAUUGUGGAAGAAAAUUUUUAUUCCAAGGUAAUAUGAUAAAACAUAUUCGACGAAGACAUCCGAAUGGAGACAAAUCGGGCGAAGCCACUGGAGAAGGAGAUACAAGUAAUGGCUUGAUUAAUGUUGACUUUGCCUCUAAUGAUAAUAAUAAUGAUAAUGUACCUAAUGCUGGUAAUUUAGAUAAUGGAGCCAAUGUUAAUCUAUCAAUGACCAGUGAUUCUGGUGAAAAUGUUCAUCAUCCCGCAACUAAUGUGUCUUCAAAUUCAACCGCUGUUGCUAUUACCGUCAAUGCUCCAUCUCGUCGUUUUAUUCGACCUAUCAAAACAGUGCAAGCUUCGGAUCACUCUUAUUUCACCAAAGAAGUUACUAUAAAUGUCACUCCACAUUCUCAUCUGGAUGUUCUUGAGCAGCAACAACAAAAUAUGAAUCUUUCUCCUCUAGAGCACUUUGUUCAACCAGAAAUUCAAUUCCAAGUUUUGCCGCUUUCAUCGCUACCUAAUCAAGAGUUAUUUAAUGGUAUUAACACAUUCCAAUCUAAUAACCUUAACCAAACUUCCACGGGAACCAUCAACGUUACUGGAUCAGGAAAAUGUCGUCUAUGUGAUCAAGUAUUUUCUGAUAUUCGAUUUCAUGUUACCGAUUUUCACCGAAUUCCUGUACAAAAAGUUGAUUCUAUGAUGCCGACAAUGAUUUAUUUCUGAAGACUUGGAAAAUGAAGAUUGAACACGAAGACAACACUUCAGCUAUAAUUUCAUUCCGAAUUGGGAUUGUCUUAUUCAAUUUUGAUUAUCCAACUGUAUGGUGCUUCAAUUUGAUCAUCUUAUUCCUGAAUUUGACUACCUGACUGUACAAAAAAAUUCAUUUAUCUAAUUUCUGGUCAUCAUUUGGAAUCUAAAGUCUUUUAAUUUAAAGUUAAAGCCCAAGCAAAACCAAAUUUAAAUGCUGUUUUAUAAUAGGAAGAUAUUCUAGUUAAAAGUUACUGUUUCAUCUAAAAUUUGCAUUAGUUAAUUAAUAAAAUUAAUCUCUCGAAAAAAUUGAA